AAAAGCAAAUGCAUGUCGGUUCCGUCGCCUAAAUUCAGUCACAGAGCUCUUUCGCGAAUGAAAGAGAAAUCAUGAAAAUUGAGAUCAUAAUUUUGGCACUUUUCAGUGUUUCAGUUUAUGGACAGACAUGUCCAAACUGUCCACCACCAGUAUUUCCACCAGAUUGCGGAACUCCCGAUUGCACUCUACCUGAGAAUCAUCAAAAUCAUGCCUUAUUUGCCCAUCCUGAUCCAAAUUAUUUCUGGCAAUGCAUGCCAUGGAAUGCAACUUUAGCAUGGGUUGCAAUGGCAAGACCUUGUGCAUGUGGAACUGUUUUCAAUCCAAAUGUAAGUCCACCAAGAUGUACUUUUUAUAGUGACAGAACAUGGAGAGUGCAAUGUAAUUGGACAAAUCCACCAAUAUUCAGACCAUGCGAUCCAUGGUGCCCUGAUUGUGAUGGAGAUGGUGGUGAAAUAGUAGUACCAACCACAGUAACACAAGGACCACCAAUCACAACGCCUGAAACAACCACAACACCUGGACCAAAUCCUACACCUCCUUCAUGCAACUGUCCUUGCAUUCCAUGCAUCUGGUGGCCAUGUAUUCCUUGCAACCCAUGUGGGUGUAAUUCAUCAUAAAAAUGAGGAAAACAUUCCAACUAUUACUAUCGAUGUCAAUCUGAAGCAAUAACAUCUUAUAAAAUUCGAAGAAUUGUUUUCGAGUUUUAAUUUUUUUUACUUUGUUUAUUUAAAAUAAGUAAUUCAACAGGCAAUUAAAAUGUUUAUAGAUUUUAAGACGAGUUAUGAUAAUGUCACAUGAUAAUUUAUAAGAAUAAGUUAAAAAUACAAGAAAAUAUUCAAAUAAAUGUUUUAUUUUUUUUUUGUAAUA